AUGCAGACUGAAGCGACGAGCCUCUGCAAUGCUAUACGAGGCGCCGUGGUGACGGCUCUGCAGCAGGCGGCGGCCGCGCCCAACCAAGCGGCUGCGGCGGCGCUCAACCUGCAUGCCAUCGAGUCCUACCUGGCGCUGCAGAGCCUCACGCAGAUCGUCGCCUCCAACACGAAGCAGGUGGGCGCGCUGCCACCGCUGCUGCCCCCGCCGCUGCCGCCCCCACCACCUCCUGCCGUCGCCGCCGCCGCCGCCACUACGACCGCCUCAACGGCCGCCUCCGCCCCCGCGGUCUCUGCUGGCUCGGCGCCACAGCCACCCCCGCCGCCGCCUCCGGCGGCCUCCGUCCCGGUUCCGUCGCCUUCGCUGGCAUCUGGCACCUCCCACAGCCACCACGCGCACCAGCACCAACACCACCGGCCCAAGAAGCAGUUCAUCUGCAAGUUUUGCUCGCGGCACUUCACCAAGUCGUACAACCUUCUCAUCCACGAGCGCACGCACACCGACGAGCGGCCCUACUCGUGUGACAUCUGCGGCAAAGCGUUCCGGAGACAGGACCACCUCAGGGACCACAGGUACAUCCACAGCAAGGAGAAGCCGUUCAAGUGCGGGGAGUGCGGCAAGGGCUUCUGCCAGUCGCGCACGCUGGCGGUGCACAAGAUCCUGCACAUGGAGGAGUCACCGCACAAGUGCCCCGUCUGCGCGCGCAGCUUCAACCAGCGCUCCAACCUCAAGACGCACCUGCUGACGCACACGGACAUCAAGCCGUACAACUGCUCGGCCUGCGGCAAGGUGUUCCGCCGCAACUGCGACCUGCGCCGGCACAGCCUCACGCACAACCUGGGCGCCGCGUCGGCCACCGUCGCCCCCACGCCGUCGUCGUCGUCGUCGUCGUCGUCGCCGUCGGCAGCCUCCGUGGCCGGCAGCAGCGGCGCCAGCACCUCCUCCGCGCUUCCGCUGCCUCUGGCGCUGGCCGCGGCCGGCGGCUUCGUGCUCGAGGCCGCCGCCGCCACGCAGUGA